GGUAAUUUGACAUUUCGAUUUUCGUGUUUACCAUCAAUAAACCACGUUUUUAUAAUUUGAGAAAGUUUCAGUUUUAUCAUUAAUUAUUUCUUAUUGUGAUGAUUUAACUGUAGUAUUUUAGGGCAGGAGAAAAUGUUUAAAGUGCCAGAUUGGGGGAAUACUCCUAAAAGUAACAUAAGUUUUACAAAUGAGCCACCACCGAAAAAGAAUACCAAACAGAAAAAUAAGAAAACCAAAACACCUGAAUCACCAAAACAAGUUGUCCAAGCAAAACCGAAGUUCAAAGCAAAACCUAAAACAAAUUCCAAGUUAAAAUUAAGUGUAUCAAAAUCUAACAAAAAGGAAAAACGACGAAAAUCUAAAGAAAGUGAUACACAUAAGCAAGAAAAGAUUAAUUUUAAAAACCAAGAAACUAGUAUCAAUAAUAUUAUUGAUAAUAAGAAGGACUCUGAUUAUAAUAUUAAGAUUAAUAACUAUAAUUCUGAUAAAUUAGAUGAAAUGAUACUAGAUGUUAAAAAGCAGCGACUUGACACUUACAAAAAUGAUGAUAAUGAAGAAAUACUAUUCCAAGAGAGCCCUAAAACGGUUUUAAAGAAUAAUAAAAAUCACACAAGUCCCACUAAAAACAUAACUUUUUCAACAAAAAAUAAUAUUUCAACAAAAAAAACUGUAAAAUCUAAACAAGAACAAAGUUCACCUGAAGAAGUUAAUAAAAAACAGAUUACAAGCAAAAACAAAGUAAAUGAGACAAAUAAUACUAAUGGUAUUGACAACAAAGUUAUUGGGAAAAAAGGUGAUUCAAAACAACCAAAAAAAAAACAUUUAUUGAAAUCCAUUCUACAGCAAAAUUAUGACAGUUCGAGAAAUCAUAUAAAAGUUAGUGGAAAUAAAUUGAGGGAGAGAAUGCUGGACAGGCUAAAAGCUGCAAAGUUCAGGUUCUUGAAUGAGAAGCUAUACACGUCCAGUGGCUCGGACGCUCAGCAGUUGUUCCAAGCGGACCCUUCAGCAUUCCAGACGUAUCAUGAAGGCUACCAGCAGCAGGUCAGCAAGUGGCCUGUCAAGCCACUCGACCUCAUUGUCAAGAGGAUACAAAAAAUGCCCAAAACGCACGUGAUAGCAGACAUGGGCUGUGGACAAGCGGAGCUAGCUAAGCGCGUGGCGCAGUCGGUGCGGAGCUUCGACCUGGUGGCGUGUGCCCCCGGCGUGGAGGCGUGCGACAUGGCGCGCACUCCGCUGGCGCCUGCGUCGGUGCAUGUGGCCGUCUACUGCCUCGCGCUGAUGGGCACUGAUCUCACGCAGUAUCUGAUUGAGGCCAAUAGGGUGCUUAAACUUGGUGGUCAUCUACUAAUAGCAGAGGUAGAGAGUCGCUUCGACAGCAUAGAUGCGUUCACGAGCGACGUGCAGCGCCUCGGCUUCUCGCUGAAGAAGGUGGACGACACCCACCAGGUGUUCUUCUUCCUGGAGUUCACCAAGGUUCGCGACCCUCCCGCCAAGAAGGGGAAACUACCCAUCUUGACCUUAAAGCCUUGCAUUUAUAAGAAACGGUGAUGCGAAUAAAUUGUUGUUAUCGCUAA